UCCGAUGUCAUUAGUCUUUGAAAAGUUAUUUUUAGUUGCUUAAAAUUAUAUCAUGUAACUCAUAUUUAAAAUUUUUCCUAUUGGCAGAUGUUUGGGAUGUUUCUGAUGUUUUGCUAAAGUAUAAACUUCACUACAGAGAAUCACCUUUUACAUAAACCUUUGAAAAAUUUUCCCCCCUUAGGUUUGUAAAAGAGAAAUUACUAGGUCAGAGUCUGUGUGUGUGUGUGUGUGUGUUUAAGGCUCUUGAACAUCACCAAACUACCUUCCAGAAUGUUGUAACUAGUAUGACACAGUGUAUCUAGUAUAUGAGCCAACCUCACAUUAUAUCUUUUUUCCUCUUCUAGUUAUUAUUAGUAUUGAAACAAAAAAUCUUGCUUUAAUUUGCAUUAAAUUUUUUUUCCACUGAUGUCUUGUGACCCAUAUAUUUUAUUUUCCUAACUUGUAAGCUGCUGGAAGGAGAAGAGUGUAUUUCAUAUUUGACAUUCUGCUAAUCACAAAUCCUGUAAGUCCAAGAAUUCUCAAGCAUGUUUUUCAAGGUUUCCAGUCAUUAUCUGCAGGAUUCGCCAUGACCCCAGCUCUGAGGGAGGCAGCAACAAAGGGUAUCUGCUUUUCAUCUUUACCAAGUACCAUGGAGUCUGACAAGAUGCUAUGCAUGGAAAGUCCAAGAACUGUAGAUGAAAAGUUAAAGGAAGACACUUUGUCUCAGAUGCUGGGAUUUCCAACUCCUGAACCUACUCUUAACACUAACUUUGUGAAUUUAAAACAUUUUGGCUCCUCUCAGUCGUCAAAACAUUAUCAGACGGUUCUUUUAAUGAGUUCAAAUUCUACAUUAAGUAAAUACAAUGAAAAUUACAAACAAAGGAAAUUAGGGGAACCUAAUUGCAGUAAGCUGAAAAACAUACUGUGUAAUGGCAGCAACAUUCAGCUUAGUAAAAUCUGUCAUUCUCAUUCUGAAGAGUUCAUCAAAAAGGAACCUCUGUCAGAUACCACAAGCCAGUGCAUGACAGAUGUACAAAUUAUUUUGGAUUCAAAUACAACCAAAGACAUUAAUGUAGAUAAAGUACAACUACAAAACUGUAAAUGGUACCAAAAGAAUGCACUUUUGGAUAAAGUUACUGAUGCUGAAGUUAAAAAAGGUUUAUUGCACUGUGCUCAAAAGAAAAGUGGGCCUGGCCACUCAAAUGUGCCUGUUGGUUUCUCAGCUGCUGAAAAAGAGGAAGAAGUGAAUGCUCGUUUAUUUCAUUGUGUAAGUAAACAGAAAAUUUUACUUAGCCAAGCUAGAAGAACUCAGAAACAUUUGCAGAUGCUCCUGGCAAAGCAUGUUGUUAAGCACUAUGGUCAACAAAUGAAAUUUUCUGUGAAACAUCAACUCCCCCAAAUGAAGAUCUUUCAUGAACCUACCACAAUUUUGGAUAGCAGUUUACCUAAAUGCACUGAAAUUAAGCCAGAAGUCAACAUGUUGACUGCAGAGAAUAAAUUGUGGAGUGAUACAAAAAAUGGCUUUGCACGGUGUACAGCUGCAGAAAUCCAAAGAUUUGCACUGUCCGCUACAGGGCUGUUGUCUCAUGUUGAAGAAGGUCUGGAUUCUGAUGCAACUGAUAGCAGCUCUGAUGAUGAUUUGGAUGAAUAUACCAUUAGAAAAAAUGUGGCAGUUAACUGUAGUACUGAAUGGAAGUGGCUUGUAGACAGAGCAAGAGUUGGCAGCCGAUGGACAUGGCUUCAAGCCCAGAUUUCAGAGCUAGAAUACAAAAUCCAACAGCUAACGGAUGUUCACAGGCAGAUUCGUGCCUCCAAGGGGAUAGUGAUCCUAGAAGAAUGUCAGCUUCCAAAAGACAUUCUGAAAAAACAAAUACAAUUUGCUGACCAAGCGGCUUCAUUAAAUACGACAGGGAAUCCCCAGAUUCCCCAAGAGAGUCAAGAUCCUUUACCAGAACAAGAUUUUGAAAUGUCACCAAGUAGUCCUACACUUCUUCUUCGCAACAUAGAAAAACAGAGUGCACAGUUGACGGAAAUCAUCAACAGUCUGAUUGCCCCUCUCAACUUGUCCCCAACUUCAUCACCCCUAUCCUCCAAAUCCUGUAGCCAUAAAUGUCUAGCGAAUGGCAUUUCCAGGAGUGCUUCAGAGAAUUUAGAUGAGCUCUCUUCCUCCAGUAGCUGGUUACUUAACCAGAAGCACAGUAAGAAAAGGAGAAAAGACAGGACAAGAUUGAAAUCUCCAUCCUUGACUAUCAUGAGUACAGCAGCUCGAACAAGGCCACUUCAGAGUUUCCACAAACGAAAACUCUACCGAUUGAGCCCUACUUUUUAUUGGACUCCACAGCCACAUAUGGAUACUGGCUACCAAAUUGGAUAUGACUGGUCUAGACUUGUACUUACCCUGACAGCACCUCCCGGGCUUCACUUUCUCUGCAGGGAACAAAAAGGCCUUUUCCUAGAUGCCCCUCACUUGUCUCCAAAAUUAUUUAGGAUAGUUUCAAAUUGGCUAAUGGGUUUCCUGGAGUUGGAAAAAUUUCAAGAAAAAACUAAUUAUAUGACUUUGCCUUCAAAAGAAACAACAUUUUUAAAUACGACGCAAAUGCCUUGUUUGCAGUCAGCUUCAACUUGGAGUAGCUGUGAACACAAUUCAAAAUCUCAGAUAUUAAGAGAGCAUGUAUCAGAAUUGGACUCUUCUUUCCAUUCUGUCCUAUCAUUGCCAUCAGAUGUGCCUCUUCAUUUUCACUUUGAAACAUUGCUAAAAAAGACUGAAAUAAAAGGAGAUCUUGCUGAAAAUAAAUUAGUAGGAGACUGUGUCAUAUCUCCAUCACCUGUACAUAAUACUUCUCUGAAUCAAUGGAGAAAUGGAUAUUCUCCUACAUGCAAGCCUCAGAUAAGGUCAGAAUCUUCUGUACAGCUGUUCCAGGGAAGAAAGAAAAGACACUUGAGUGAAACAGCAUUAGGAGAAAGAACUAGAUUUGAAGAAUUUGCUUUUCAACGCACAGAACCAGGAUCCCAUAGCAAUUUUACUGCUGUUACUAAUGUCAAUGUUAUAUCAAGAACCCAGAAUUCAUCAUCACAAAAUACUGCACGACGGAGAUUGAGAAGCGAGAGCUCUUAUGACAUAGAUAAUAUCGUGAUUCCCAUGUCAUUAGUUGCCCCGGCUAAGUUGGAGAAACUCCAAUAUAAGGAAAUACUUACUCCAAGCUGGAGAAUGGCUGUUCUUCAGCCUCUGGAUGAAUAUGACGUAGGUGAAGAGGUAGAAGAUCUUUCUGAUGAAGUCUUCUCCCUAAGACACAAAAAAUAUGAAGAGAGAGAGCAAGCCAGAUGGUCACUAUGGGAGCAAAGCAAGUGGCACAGAAGAAACAGCAGAGCUUACAGUAGAAACGUUGAAGGACAGGACUUGCUCUUGAAAGAAUACCCUAACGACCUUGGUGGUGGUCAGCACUGUGCUGCCGAGAGUCCUGCCGAGCCUUCUCCGCAGAGCCAGGAUCUGGGCACACGGGGCUCACCUUCCUUAAAUCAAAGUCAAGAACUCAAGUCUUUGUGGUGGGAACGACGGACUUUUCCGCUGAAGGAUGAAGACACAGAAGCCUUACUAUGUCAAGAUGAAAAAAAGGAUCAUAGUGAAAGUUCAAGCCCCGUUUUCCGUGGAGAAGUCUUCUGUACUAGUGCACCAGAAAACGGUCACCAUCCAAAAAGGCAGACGGAUGAAAUGGAAGAAGGCAAACCUUUUGGUCUAGGACUUACUCAUGUUAAAAAAAACAGGUGACAGGGAAAGGUUAAAAAAGUAUGUAACUGAAUGGAAAGCAGGAGGAAAAAAUAAGCCCUGUUCUCCAUCCCCCACCCCCUCAGCCACAAUUCCAGAGUAAGAGCAUGUACUGCAUGUAUUAAUCUUUUAUGCUGUUUUAAAACAGGCAAGGUAGGUCUCUUUUUCCUUGAACCACAGGAAUAACUAGCUUUUCACCUACAGACAAGUGCUAGUCGUUUGUGUUUAUGAUGCAAAUCACAAGCACCAGAAAAUUAACUGCUGCAAGCUGAUGUUAAAUCGUAUUACUGGGUAAAUAAUUUUUAAAAGACUUCAUACCCACACAUACAUAUGUACACACACAGAAACACCUGUGCAUCAAUGAUCGCUCUUUUUCCUAUACAUUUCUAUGUAAUUUCUAUGGUAAUUCAUUAAAGUUGCCUCAAAUAUAUGCCUUUGUAUAUGGGAAUAUACAAAUAUGUGUGUAUAGAGUAUAUAUACAUACAUGUACACACACGUAGUUUUAAAAAACACUGGCAGUGACCACUCCACUUGAAAUGCAUGGAUGAAUUGUCCCAUGGAAUGUAAGCUGCACUGUAAAGCACAGGUUCCCAGUGAUUAUGGAGAUUUUAAACAUGUUUAACCAAUAGAAGUUAUAUGUGGAAAUUUCUAUACCAGAUAACACAAUAUGCCUUUAUUUGAAAUCACUGUUAUCUGUUGGACUAAAUUCAGAUCAUCUUCUAUUCACUCCUAACAGAUUAAGACAAGCAAAGCAGAGUUAAAUAUUGGUCUAAUUUUAAAACUUGAGUUUUAUCUAUCCUAUGUAUCUCAUGAAGAGAAGACCCCAAGUGAAAAUGAGCAACAAAUAGGAAAGUAAAAAAUGUUGUAUUUCUAGUUAAUUUGGUCAUUCCUUACCAUUAGCUUACUCUAUCCAAACAAGCAUCUAUUCUCAUGUGUAUGCUAGAGUGAGAAAUUUUUUUAAAGGAUAGUGCUUCAGUACUGAAUACAGGAGUAUACAUUAAAGAAACUUCUUGAAGCUAUUACAUAAUUUUUUCUAUAUAAAAGUUGAGGACAAUUUAUGAAUCGCUUUCUCCCAUGUAAAAAAAAAAAAAAGGUUAUUCAAGUUAUAGUCCCCAUAUAACUGACAAUCCUGGCCACCUGGCCUAGUCUGGGGGACUGACACCAAGUUUUUGUUAGGGAUGGGGAAUUCUACUAGUCCCUUUAAAGAAGGAAAAAAAGUCAAAUUCAAAACUGACAAAUUUUUGCUUGUAGUUUUACUGUACAUUUAUUUUUAAAAAAGAAAACAAAAGCCAGACAAACCCAAGUUGUCUAGGCAAAUAAGCUCAAAUCUUUUUGUCAUGUCUGACAUUAUAAUCUUCUAUGUAAGUUUUUUAAUUAAAGUUAUUUCUAUA